AUGCACCUGCCAUACUUCUUGAAGGCUCCCGCCGUCGCCAUUAUCGGCGAUACCUGCUACACAACCCUCAUCGAGGACUUCAACUACACCCACGUCCCAUGCAUCAAGUACGCCAUCUCAAAGGGCCUCGGCCUCGGAAUCGUCGCCGGCGGUGCCAUCGUCAAGGUGCCCCAGAUUAUCAAGAUCGUCCAGGCCCGUUCCGCCAAGGGCAUCUCCUUCUACGCCUACAUGCUCGAGACCCUCGCCUGCGUCAUCUCCCUUGCCUACAACGUCCGCAGCAAAAACCCCAUCUCUACCUACGGCGAGACCUUUUUUGUCACCCUCCAGAACCUCGCUAUCAUCGGACUUAUGCUCCGCUACAGCGGCAAGAACACCACCGCUUUCAUGAUCCUCACCUCCUUCUUGUUCUUGGGCAACAUUCUCAGCAGGACCGCAGAGCACCUCUCAGCCGAUGGCACCACCAUUGUUCAGACCGCCUUGGUCUCGAUGGACCUUCUUCGCUUCUUGCAGACCGCCACUAUCCCCAUCAACUUGUUCUCCAAGGUUCCUCAGAUUGUCGAGAACUACAAGAACGGUAGCACAGGACAGCUUUCUGCUUUCACCAUUUUUAACUACUUUGCAGGAUCGCUCGCCCGUGUCUACACCACCUUGACCGAGGUCGACGACAUUAUCAUUCUCUCUGGAUUCCUCCUCAGCACUUUGUUCAACUGCAUCCUUGCCUUACAGAUGGCUCUCUACUGGAACAGCGCCUCUACUCCCUCCAAGGUCAAGAGCGAGAAGAGCGAUGGCUCUUCCUCCGAAACCAAGAAGCGCGUCAAGAAGCUCGAUUGA